UGCAUAUAACCUAAUUAAAUAAGCAACAAAAAUGAUUGAUACAAUUUCUUUUAAAGAUUUCGAUGGAAUUUGCCGUGUUUGUUUACUAACCCAAACUGUUCAUCCAUUUCCCAUAAACUUAUAUAAUUUUUACAUGUGUUUAAUAAAAACUGAGAUUGAAAAAGACGAAAAAUUACCAUCAAAUAUAUGCAUAAAGUGUAUCACUCAAUUAGAAAAUUUAUCCUUAUUUGUUGAAAAAUGCAAAAACCAAGAAACGGCAUUAAAGAAAAUUUAUGCAAACAGAAACGCAGAAAGACUAAAUAUGUCCAAUUCCAGUCAUACUGAUGAUACGUUUUUCGAAGAAACUAAAAUAAAGCAUGAUGAGGCAGAAAAAUCAUUGAAGAAAAAAAAUAAUUCAAUUAAAAAAAAAACUUCUUCACUAGAUUGUAAGUUAUGCAAUAAGAUUUUCUAUACAAAAGCAUCCCAUGCAAACCACUCUAGAAUACAUAAACAUUCAAAAGAACUAAAAAAAUUCCUUUGUAAUUAUUGUGGAAAAAAUUUCAUCAAGAGCUCUCAUUUAGAGAGACACAUCAGAGGCCACACUGGUGUCAAACCUUAUUCUUGCACAAAGUGCCAAAAAUCGUUUGGACAAAGUAAUGAUCUUAAAAGGCACCUUUUAACUCACACUCGAGAGAAGGUUUUUCAGUGUACACAUUGUAACAAGGGCUUUCAUCAAAAAUCCUGUUUGGUAAAUCAUAUUGCAACACAUUCUAGUGAAAGAAAUUUUAAUUGCAAUUUUUGUGAAAAGAAAUUUACUAUGAAAGCAUAUCUUGAUGUUCACAUGAGAAUACAUACUGGGCAGAAAUCUUAUCAUUGUCCACAUUGCAAUAAACAGUUCUACCAAAAAAGUGGUUUGAACAAUCAUAUCCUGACCCACACAGGUGAUAAACCUUUUAAAUGCCUAGAGUGUGAUAAAUCUUUCAUACAAUCUAAUCAUUUAAAAGAACAUCUACGGAUUCAUAGUGGAGAAAAGCCCUUUAUUUGCUCUUAUUGUGGCAAAACUUUUGCCUAUAGCAGUACAUUGAAGGUUCAUUUAAGACAGCAUACAGGAGAAACGCCUCACAUUUGCUCAUUUUGUAACAAAGGAUUCCGAGAUUCUAGUAAUUUGAGAAGACAUGUUAAUAGGCAUCAUGUUAAUUGUGGAAAGAUUAUCAAAACGAAAGAAAAAAACAGGACAGUCAAUAAUUCAAUAUUAAUUUCGCAAUUUUUAUAAAUUAAUUACAAAUAAACUGUACAAUCUAUUAAAAUAAGAACUCUUAUGGUUAAAAAGAAGAAUAACGCGAUGGUUGACAAUUCGUUAGGAUCUUCUUUUUGCUGGUCUAAUACCUUCAUUUAUGUCGUUCAAUUGACAAGUCGUGCAACGUAAUUGUGUCAAAUAUGUCAUUUGUGAAAAUGCCUAUUUUUCUAUGGCCAUUUUGUAGCGUGUAAUGCAUAAUAGAUUUUAUAAAAGUUAAAAAAUCGACUAUUCAAAUUUUUCCGAUUUUUACAUUGAACACGAAAUUUCAAAUAGAAUGCCGAAAACGAGAAAUACAUACAAAGAGGGAACCAAGAUUAAAUCUAUGUGCCGAAUUUGCCUGACUCAGAGCAAUAAUAUUAUGUUUAAAUUAGUAGAUCAAUUAACAGGAGAUAAUUAUGAUGCUGAAACCUAUUUGGAGGCUUUGGAAAAAGUUACUUUUUCACAGGUUGACUUAAAUGGUCACUAUCCUGAAAGCAUCUGUCCAAUGUGUGUUAGCUUUUUAAAAAUGUCUCUGGAAUUCAUUACACAAUAUGAAAAGUCUCAAAAAAGAUUACAAAAGAUGUUUAAAAGUGACACUCCAGCAUACCAAAGCAUUAAACUUGAAUGUGAUUCUAAUGAUGACCCACAAUCUGCUAAUGAAGAAGAUUACUUGACUGAAGAAAUUAAAUAUGACCCCAAUGAUCCUCUUAAAGUUGAACUGAUUAUUAAGGACAAAAAGUUCAACCUCAAUGAAAUUUUAGUUGUAGAAAAAACAGUAAAAGAAACCCAUGAUUAUAAAGGUUUCAUUCAAAAUUUGGGUAAAGAAAUAUCUGCUACUAUUGUUAGUAAGAAGGAAAACCAUAUAAACUUAGAAAAUAAUAUUUCCGUUUUAAAAGUCGUAUCUGAUGAAGAAGAAAUGCAAGAGAUGCAUGAUAGUAAUGAUGAAAAUGAAGAGGGAGAAGAAAGUAUUAAAUUCAUUGUAGAAUCAAAUGAUGAAGAUCACACAAAUGAAGAUAAUGAAAUUCUAAAUAAAAUAAAAAUUAAGCAAAUAGAAGAUCAAGAUAAUGUAGAAAUUGAAGAACAUUCUACUGAAAGCGAUUCUCAAAAAACUUCUGAUAAUGACAACUUAGAAUACAUUGAAAUCGAUAUGUAUGAUAAAGACUCCAUAGAAUCUCUAAUAAUAGACCGAACCAAAUUACCUGAUGGUGGAGGCGACAUUUCCACUAUAUCAACUCACAGAAGAAGAGGUAAAAGUAGGGAACAAACAACAGAUGCAUUUUUAAAAGAAGUCAAAUUUCCGUGUGAGGUUUGCAAAAAUGUGUACCAGUCGAGACAUUCUUUAAAAAGUCAUGUAAGAAGGACCCACAUGAAUCAGGAUCAGAAAACUUUCACAUGCGAAAUUUGCGGAAAUAUUUGCAAAACUAGAUCAGCAUUUGUAAAUCACAAACUAAAACACUUUGACAAACAAUUCAAAUGCGAGCUUUGUGACAAAGCCUAUACCACCAAGGCCCAUCUUAAAGUCCACAUGACUACUCAUUCGAAUAAGAGGCCUUAUCUGUGCAACGUUUGUGGAAAAGAUUUCAAUUAUGCCAAUGCUUUAACUUACCAUAUGCGCUUACACACUGGCGAGAAGAAUUAUCACUGUGAAUAUUGUCCAAAGAGAUUUAGAAUGAUAAAUUCUUUGAAUCGGCAUCUUAGGACGCAUACCGGUGAAAAACCCUAUAAAUGCCAGUAUUGCGGAAGAGAUUUUUCGUCCAGAGGCGAGGUGGUAUGCCACGAAUACACUCACACCGGCUACCGUCCAUAUCAUUGCAAAUACUGCAAAAAAGGUUUCUCGAAAACACACAAUCUAAAAAUUCACCUGCUCUCUCACGGCGGCCCUUAUCACUGUCAAUUUUGCAAUAAGACGUUUAUAGAAGAAAACAUUCUGUCCAUGCAUAACAGAAUUUCUCAUAAAGAUUUGUUGAACGAAGAACAAAGGCAAGAAGUAACCGAUGAAGACAGUCAAGACGGUGCUUUCAGUCAGUUUGAAGGCCUAAGUCAGGAUGACAGCAUGAGCCAAAAUGGGAACCUUAAAAUUGAAUUGGUUGAGGAAGAUUCAGACAUGGAGUUUAUAGAAAAAGAAGGAAUUAAUAUGGAAGAAAAUAGUUCCGAAUAUAACUGAUGCAGAAAUCGUCAAAAAGUUAGAUCAUAUAAUUGAUUGUUUAAUAAUAAUAAUUUUUAAUACUUGUUACUUUAUUAACGGUCCGAGUAGGGGAGAAUUCUGAAAUGAAAAUUGUAUUACAUCCAAAAGCUAAAUUUGCUGCAAUUUUUUGUUUCAUACAUAGAUUAAAUACUAAAUAUUCCUCAAUUUACCCGUUUU